AUGUCAUAUCCUAUCUCAACGACCGCGAUUGUGAGCGACGCACCAGACGGCACCCAUCCUCGAUGGCGCAUAGUGAAGGUGCAGUUGAGAGAGCCAAACGAGGACGAGCUUCUGGUCCGAAUCGUAGCCUCGGGUAUAUGCCACACCGAUAUUGCCAUCUCGACAUUUCCAGAAGACACACCUGGGUUCCAACCGUACCCGAAAAUCAUGGGCCAUGAGGGUGCUGGCAUCGUCGAGCGAAUUGGAAGCAAUAUCAGCCACGUUAAGAAAGGGGACAAGGUCUUACUAAGUUUUGACUACUGUGGUAACGAGCAGUGUCGGGCCUGUGAAGAUGAGACACCAGGCUAUUGCAACGAGUUCCACGUGAAGAAUCUCUCCAGUGUGCCUGGCGUCUUUCAAGUGGACGAUGGAAAGUCUGCUGGCGGAUUAUUCUUUGGCCAGUCGAGCUUCUCCAGUAUUGCGUUGGUGAAAGGGGCAUCCGUCGUGAACGUCGAGCAGCUUGUGAAGGAUGAAGAAGAGCUGAAGCUGUUCGCUCCUAUGGGUUGUGGCUACCAAACGGGAGCUGCUUCCGUGACUGAGGUAGUGGAUGUUGGGAAUAAGGACGCUGUUGUUGUUCUUGGCCUGGGAGGUGUCGGCAUGUCCGCAAUUAUGGCUGCCAAUGUUCGAGGCGCGAAGACCAUCAUCGCAGUGGAAAGGAUCCAGUCGCGACUUGCUCUUGCUAAAGAGAUGGGAGCAACACAUGUGAUUGAUACGUCAAACUUCAGGAAUCUAACAGCCGACCUUCCUAUAGCUAUCCGAGAGAUUGUGCCAGCGGGCGCCAAUGCGGUCUUUGACACAACGGGUGUAGUACCCCUAAUUGCGGGCGCGGUCAAGGCAUUGCAUUUCAAAGGCCAGAUCAUCUUGAUCGGCAUCGUGAACGGGAAGACAAUGGAUCUUGAUCUUGGCGAGCUGUUGAAUCGCGGUACCGCUAUUCGUGGGUCCGUUGAGGGAAACGCACAGCCAUCCAAGUUCAUACCGCAGAUGAUCGAUUGGUAUCGGCAAGGCAACUUUCCGAUCGAGAAGCUGGUCAAGUACUACCCAUCUGAGGAUUUCGAGAAGGCUCUGACGGACAUGCAUCUUGGGAGUACGAUCAAGCCGGUUUUACUCUGGUAA